GUAGUACCCAGGAAAGCAUAAUGUCAAGGAAUUACAAAAAUGAUAAAAAUUUUACUGAUAUUAUUUAUGGGAACCUAAGAAGAGAAACAGCAACCUGAAAAAUAAAUCCGAAGACAUUACCCAUGUAUUUUUGUCUGAGUCAAUAAAAUGGAAAGAGCAAAAGCAGUAAACAGACAUGCAUGUUGUAAUUUGUAAGCUCAAUAUACAUCUAAUACAUGUCAUAAAGGGAUAUAAUUCUUAAAAUGAAGAGUAUAGUACCUAUUCUUGAGACAAAGUAGAAUUAUCAGAUUAGGAAAUUGCAAGUAGUCACUGGAUUAUUUGGUGAUAUACAAUUUCUUAAGCCUUUCUCAUGAUCAAUGCAAAAAUCAUCAGAUAUAUCUCGGCUUCAAAUGUUUGUAAGCUAAGAACAUAUUCUUAAUUCAAUUACACUGCAAGGCAGUAAACCCUCAAAAUGUUGCAGGAUGCUGAAACAACUAUUUACUUUGCCAUACUACAUUUACCAUACUUGCUUUACUCUCUCCCAAAUGAUUGCAAAGCUGAUUUAUUAGACUCAGAACACUGAGUUUAAAAACUGAAUUAGAUUAAUACAUGACAAGAAGAUCUCACCCAGGAAUUGUCCUUGCCAUCUAAUGGAAGUCCUAGAAAAUGAUUCCUUAAAGUCUCUAACCACUUAUUUUCUUCCUCAAACAGAUGAAUUUCCAAACUCUGACAUGGCUCCUGAAAAUUUCACCAGCGUCACUGAGUUUGUUCUCACGGGUGUCUCUGGCUGUCCAGAGCUCCAGAUUCCCCUCUUCCUGGUCUUCCUGGUGCUCUAUGUGCUGACCUUGGCAGGGAACCUGGGCAUCAUCACCCUCACCAGUGCUGACUCUCGACUUCAAACCCCCAUGUACUUUUUCCUGCGACAGCUGGCUAUCAUCAAUCUUGGUAACUCUACUGUCAUUGCCCCUAAAAUGCUGAUUAACUUUUUAGUAAAGAAGAAAACUACCUCAUUCUAUGAAUGUGCCACCCAACUGGGAGGGUUCUUGUUCUUUAUUGUAUCGGAGGUAAUGAUGCUGGCUGUGAUGGCCUAUGACCGCUAUGUGGCCAUUUGUAACUCUCUGCUCUACAUGGUAGUGGUGUCUCGGCGGCUCUGCAUCCUGCUGGUCUCCCUCACAUACCUCUAUGGCUUUUCUACAGCUAUUGUGGUUUCACCUUGUAUAUUCUCUAUGUCUUAUUGCUCUUCUAAUAUAAUCAAUCAUUUUUACUGUGAUAUUGCACCUCUGUUAGCAUUAUCUUGCUCUGAUACUUACUUACCAGAAACAAUAGUCUUCAUAUCUGCAGCAACAAAUUUGGUUUUUUCCAUGAUUACAGUUCUAGUAUCUUAUUUCAAUAUUGUUUUGUCCAUUCUAAGGAUACAUUCAUCAGAAGGAAGGAAUAAAGCCUUUUCCACCUGUGCUUCACAUAUGAUGGCAGUCACAGUUUUCUAUGGGACAAUGCUGUUCAUGUAUCUGCAGCCCCAAACCAACCACUCACUGGAUACUGAUAAGAUGGCUUCUGUGUUUUACACAUUGGUGAUUCCUAUGCUGAAUCCCUUGAUCUACAGCCUAAGGAAUAAUGAUGUAAAAGUCGCCUUAAAGAAAUUCAUGGAAAAUCCAUGCUAAUCUUUUAAAUCAAUGUAAUCUUAGAACUAUAUACAUAAAUGAAGAGAUAGUUCAUGUACCCUGCCAUUACGUGAGAGAAAUAAAACUUUAGGUGCCUGACUUACAAGUUUACAAGCAAUCCUAAGAAUUACCAAGAGGUAGGAUUUAAAGAUUUUUGAAUUUAAAAAGUGAAAUACAUGGAAACAUUUUGAGUUGCGAGAGAAAUACAAAGCAAAAAUAUUAUUCAUUAACUUUGCCGAGAAAUAAUCAGGUCAUCAGUCUGAAUAAAAUAUAUUUAGGAGUAAGGAGCAGUAUCAGUUUUAAAAGGUGAAGUUUGAACAGAGCAACAGAAUGUGAACGAGGGAAUUAAAGUGAAUAUUUUUCAUUCUGUGGACUCCUUUUUUUUUUUUUUUUUUUUUUUCCGGGUAUGGUUGGGUAGCGUGGAUCCCUGCAUCUUGAAAAACUGUGAAUACAGAUGACUAAAAUCCUUUUUACAACAAAGUUAGCAAACUUGAACUGACAAUAAUAUUUAAAAUAAAGCUCUUUAACUCUUUUUAAAUAUUGUUUGAAGAAACAAUAUAGACAUACUACCAAUUAAUACAUAUUUUCAU